UCAGUUAUCGAAAAAUUCCCAACCGUGUUCAACUUCUCUUCCUCGCGUUAUUUCGGAGUUAAAAAAUUUGCUGCAAAUGAUUGAUAGCGAACGUCUAAAUUCACUAUACCGUUUCAUAUUUUUUUUAAGUGAGAAUUAAUCGAGAAGUAGCGUAUUCGUUACGCGUACUUAUAUCUUCGUUCAAUCGACCGGCCGUUUAAGACAUUCAUAUAAAAACAUGCUCGCCCCUUUCGCGCCGUAUCGUAAAAUCGUGCUGUGCGUUAUUUUGAUAUCGAGAUGUUCGACCGCUUUCGAAAAGUACUGGCUUCCGGAUCUGGAGUGGCGAACCGCGAGCAACUGGGCGGACGGCCGUGUCCCGGAGAUCGACAGCCGUGUGAUCUUUCCUCAGCAGACCCGGCACGCGGUGGGCAUCGCCGGAGCCGAUAAUCUCAGACUAUCCGAAAUUGAUUUGCCGAGGCAGGGAUUGUUGGUCCUCCCUAGAAAUGGUCAACUGCAGCUAAGCGAUUCACGGACGGACGCGAAAGUUAGUAGAUGGUCGAAAGAGGGUAAUAUUUUCUGGGCCGACCCCGCAAAUUGGAACGGUAGCUCGAUAGCGGCGCCGCAUCUCGAGCGCGUCCCAUGUCGCCAGGACAACGUUGUCCUGCCGAGCGAGAAUCACACCUUUAGUAUCCUUCUACCUGUAAGGGAGAUAGAAGUGAAGUCGAUUCGGCUGUCGAACGAGAGGCAGCCGUUUACCGAGUGGGAAUGGCAAAACUUCCAAGAUCGUAGGGAAUUCUCCAGAGGCGGAUUCACCGUAAAGUACAGCGAUCUGUACCUGACUAUGCACGACUGUAAGAAAUGUUUCUGCCAGGGAGACUCUCAGAGCGAUUAUCUCGAAGAGAUCUGCGCCAUUCAGAGGCCAAGAUGUGGAUUUACGGGCUGUGAAUAUCCUCUUACGGUGGAGGGUCACUGUUGUCCGUACUGUGGCGGACGCGUUUCCAUAUCGGAGCAGAUUUCUUUAGCAACGGUACAAUUCUUGGCGGACGAAGCUUUAGAAGGAUAUACGGAAAAGGUUGCCUGGCACACCAGACGCACUUGGAAAGGUGGCGUCGAGAUUCUCGUAAAAGAAAAAGAGGACUAUUCCGGGAAUACGAUACAGGAAGCGGUAGAAAACCUGCGAGAAAUGUUGCGAAGCAAAGGAAUCGACGUGACGAAUGCGGAGACGGCCGGUGCAGCAAUGAAAGAUUCUCGAUUAGCCGUUACACUUGGACCUCUUUUGGGAACGCCUCUUGUUGUGAUCGCCCUUCUUCUGUUGGCCUUUCUGUACUACGGUUAUUCUUUGGGGCACGUUCUCUCGGGAUGUAUGGAAGCCGUCUCAUCCGUCCGAGAUGGAAUUCGGAAGGACAAGCAGAAGCACGGUUUCGCCCGUUUCGAGAACGUUCCCGAGGGCAACGUUCAGAUUGCUAACGUUCCCGGAAUGAGCGGACGAGAGGCUGACGACGACGUCGAGAGGAUAAAGCAAGUCGCGAGUGCAGGUAGAUUCGAAAAUCCCUUAUACAGGUCCAAGAGGGACAAGAUGGAGAAACGUAAGAUUUUCGAUAUAGACGCGCCUCUCAGCCUUACUACUCUAAAAAGCAAGAUAGAAGAUCAACUGGAAAAUGAGGAGAUGGAUACUGAGGAAUAAGAGUAAGAGAAAUAAGGAAAUGUACUUUGUCAUUAUUAAAUUUAUGUUAUACUAUAUAGCUUGAUACAUCCGUGCUUCGCUACGCUAUGCGAAGGAUUCUAUAAUUCACCUCCGAAUUUAGAUUUGCCUCUUAGGGAUUGAUUAGGGCAAAAUCUUGAAUUAUGUUUUAAAGUACUUGUAUGUGUAACCUUUGUAAGCAAAAACCAAUUCGAUAUCUCAUUAAUUGGACCUAAGAGAUAUUGAAAAAUCCGUGAAAACAUAUUUUACCCUUUUUCAUCCCCUUAGGGGUCGAAUUUCUAAAAAUCCCUUCUUAAUGAGUGCUUAUGUCAUGGAAGGAAUAUACUCCCCGAAUUUCAUGUUUCUAGGUUUAAGGGUUUGGGCUGGGCGUUGAUUAGUCAGUUGGAACAUUCGAUUAGGUAUAUAUAUAUAUAUAUAUAUAUAUAUAUAUAUACGCCGAUUCCAAUUUUACCAUCCCAUUUGUGGAAAUGUUUCGUUAUAAAAUGAUAAUAUAAAUUAUAGUUUGUUAAGAUUUUAAACAUGGCAAAAUCAAAGGAACAGAAGAAAUAUUCAUUUUUACAGGGAAGAAAUAAUUUCGAAUACAUUAGGGUGCAAUGCGAAUAUAUGUAAAUCAUAUAAAGCGUACGAUAUGCUGGUUCACAAAUAUUUAUUACUUAUUGUCGGACAACAUCCAUUCGAAGUUGCAGGACCCCGCGGUACAUUGACGACGUGGUACUGCGCUUUAUAUAGACACGUUAUACAUGCACACGUAAAUUCGACAUGCGUCGAAUAGGAUAUAUAUUUAUAUUUAUGUUAGCUUUGUUAAUAUGUAUAUAUAUAUUUAUAUAUUCUCUCUUUUUCUUUCUCUCUGGAUAAAUAUAUACGCCUAGUACGUGAUAUAAAGAUGUAUUAACGCUCGCAUGUGAGAAAUAAAUGAUAUAUCAUGAUAACGAGAA